UUUAACUAUUUAUUUUUCAUUCCCGGAGGAGGCUCUGAUCAUAUAGAUUAUCAAGUGAUGGCAUUAAAAUGAAACUUUCAAAAGGAUGUUCAUGAAAUGACCAACAUAAUUUGUGAAACAAAUUCCGAUAUUUACAAAACAAUUUCUCUACCUUUAUUUAUUUCUCUUUGUGUUUUUACAGAUUCUCCAAAAAAACCGAUUUAGAGAGAGACGAAGAAGCCGGUGAAAUUAUACGAUGAGUGCUCCUCCACCAGAAGACGAUACAGCCGCAGACACCAAAGAAGCAGAAGCGGACUAUCUCUUGCAUUCUCAAUCCCCAUCAUCAUCAUCAUUAGACGGCGAAAACGAGAACGAUGAAGAAACGGGACGCAAAAUCGGAGACAAGAUCUUGGCCUUCGAUGUCGAAUCCAACGGCGGUGAUGAUCCCUCGGCGGUCCCACCAUUCUCUUGGAAGAAACUGUGGGGGUUCACGGGGCCAGGGUUCUUGAUGAGCAUUGCGUUCCUGGAUCCGGGUAACCUGGAGGGAGAUCUGCAGGCCGGAGCCAUCGCGGGCUACUCGUUGCUGUGGUUGCUGAUGUGGGCCACGGUUAUGGGCCUCCUGAUCCAGCUCUUGUCGGCAAGGCUCGGUGUCGCGACGGGCCGGCACUUGGCGGAGAUCUGUAGGGAGGAGUAUCCGUAUUGGGCUGGGCUUUUGUUGUGGUUCAUGGCAGAGUUGGCCUUGAUUGGGGCCGAUAUUCAGGAGGUGAUAGGGACUGCCAUUGCAAUCAGGAUUCUUAGCCAUGGUGUGUUGCCUCUCUGGGCUGGUGUUCUUAUCACAGCUUCCGAUUGUUUUAUAUUUUUAUUUCUUGAGAACUAUGGAGUGAGGAAACUGGAAGCUGUUCUCUCUGUUUUUAUUUCAAUUAUGGCACUAUCAUUUGCCUGGAUGUUUGUUGACACAGAACCUAGUAGAGAGGAGCUUCUAAUAGGUCUUUUGGUUCCAAAACUUGGCUCAAAAACGAUUCAGAAGGCCGUGGGAGUUGUGGGUUGUGUCAUAACGCCUCAUAACGUAUUCUUGUAUUCUGCUUUGGUAUUGUCAAGGAAGAUCGAUCCUAAGAAGAAAGGGAAAGUCCAAGAGGCUCUCAAUUACUACACAAUUGAGUCCUCCGUUGCCCUUGUUCUCACCUUCACGAUAAAUUUGUUUGUCACGACUAUUUUUGCUAAGGGAUUCUAUGGCACUAAAGAAGCAGAUGGUAUAGGCUUAGUAAAUGCAGGACAGUAUCUUCAAGAGAAGUAUGGUGGAGGGUUGUUCCCGAUUCUCUAUAUCUGGGGCAUCGGACUAUUUGCAGCUGGGCAAAGUAGCACUAUUACUGGCACUUAUGCUGGACAAUUCGUCAUGGGAGGUUUUCUGGAUCUUCGUUUGAAGAAAUGGCUUAGAUCAUUGAUCACACGAAGUUGUGCCAUCGUGCCAACUAUAAUUGUUGCCCUUGUAUUUCAAAAAUCUGAAAGCUCGUUGGAUGUUCUGAAUGAAUGGCUUAAUGUGCUCCAGGGUAUGCAGAUUCCUUUUGCUCUUAUCCCGCUUCUUACUAUGGUCUCCAAUGAGAAGCUUAUGGGAGUUUUCAAAAUUGGACCUACGAUGGAGAGGAUUGUCUGGACCAUUGCUGCUCUGGUUUUGGUGAUCAAUGGAUAUGUUCUGCUGGACUUUUUCCUUUCGGUAGUAAAUGGACUGCUGGUGGGUUUAGCAGUAUGCGUGGGGACUGCUGCCUAUGUGGCAUUUAUUUUAUAUCUCAUCUCACACAGUGGUGGCCUUCCUUUCACUUGGUUCAACCAAGUACGCUCCAGGGGAUAUUCUUACGCAGGAAAUUGAACCUACAUUUUUCAUUUCCACUCGAAGAAACUACAAAAUGUCACAAUACACAGUUCAACAAAGUGUUGCCAAUUGACAUAAUACUGAAACAUGUUUUUACCAGAAUUGACUGAAUAUUAACAGUGAGUAUACGAAUUCAAAGUAUCGGGAGUAUUUGCAUUUGGCCAGGCUUUUGUGCAUAACGGAGCUGGUUAUAUAUAGUUUUUAAUCCGUUUCGGAUCACGGUAUGGCUCAUCUUUCCCCGCUAGAUGAAGGUGUUUCUCCACUGCUGUUGUAAAAGAUUCAUAUUGCACUAUAGUUAGGUUUAAGUAGAUACAGAAUGAAGUGAUUAUUCAUGUUGUAACAAGUGGAUUUUUUCUGCCAAUUGUUAGUUACCCAGAAGGGACUUGAAAGAUAAAAAUAAAUUUUGCAGAACUAUUGUUGUCACAAUUUUUUUUUUAUCAAAGUUGUGACUUUCUUUUGUA